AUGGACGCGUCACGUAGCAUUCUGUAUAAUCUACUGGAGAUAAAGUACAUAAAGGGAUCCGCUGCAAUAUAUGUAGCAACUGACCUAACUAACUGUAGAGACCUUCAGGACUCGUACGUUGAUUUCUUGAAGUCGAAAUAUCCUAUGUGGAUUUUCUCACUGACAACAAAUAGGAUGUAUAAAACAGAUGAUUUAGUCAUCAACCAAUUGGCUACAUCCGAUUACAACUGGGACGAAGAGUGGGACAGAAGAACGAAGAUAAGACAAUCACCUGGCAAACCUCGACUUCACGAAGAGAUUCCUAAUAGUGGUCCGCUUCUCAAGUCUGAUGUGGCCCGCGUUCGCCAUCGCCUAACUGACAUCGCCCGCCAGCUAAGAGCAUUGCGAGAAACUAGGCUUAAUCUGAGCACUGAGGACUAUUUAAGGACCCGAGUCCAGCUCGCAGAACACCUGAAUGAUAACGAUGACAUCCUUCUGGCAGUUCGAAAUCGUCUUAGUAACAUCUCCUUGACGUCGUUCGGAGCACUGGAGACACCAACCGCAGAGAAAAUUUCUGUGAUGAAGCAUGACGAGCAACGUGAUGCGUACAUUGCAGAUGUUCGAGCUGGUCGCAUCACCCUUGGCAUCGCGGUACCAGAGAGAUCAAUCAUUCAGACUUCUUCGACGCAUCCAGAACCAGUGCCAUCAGAACCCAAAAACUAUUUCGAGAAUGAGGAAAGGAACGUACAUCUCGCCGGAAAUUCAGAAGCAAAACCAUUGGCUAACGUUCAACAUAAUGUAUCGGAUAAUGAGAACAGAGUGACAGUGUUUGAAAAGGAUGAAGCGCCAAAACCUAAGGCAGAAACAAUGCCAGACAUUCGCCCAGCUGCACCACCAGCAUUAACUCAGAUGUCUUCAGCUUACCAGAAAAUGGUCGGAUUAUUCGGUCAGACGAAUACAAGCGAUACUGACGACGACGCCAUUGUGCCGACUAGGGCCACCUUGGCUCACGAGAAUCCACGUUCCACAGCUAUGGCCCGAAAAUCAACGGCGGAACAGAAAAGUGCUAGGACGUUGGCGCAGUAUUUGUCCACAAAUACGAAGUCAUCCGAUGUGUCUACACUCUCCGAUAGCGACGACGAUUUUUUCAAAUAA